UGGAGGCUCAGUCACACAGGGGCGGCGAGACUCUCGCCGCGAAGCGAGACAGCGAUUCGCGAAACGGGCAGACACACCGCAGCGCGAAACGCGGCAAGCGCGAGAGGGGGGUCUCUGGGAGGAACGGCGGGCCACCAAUUUAAGGACCUCAAUUCUCAGGAAAAACGGGAGAUUCACUCCAAAUAGAGUAAGGAGCGCCUACUACCUGCGUUAAAAGCGAAUAGCGAACAACUAAAAACAAGGACGUGCUGGAACCGCUCCGGCCUCCCGUAGACAAUCGAGGUGUAUAGACACCCGAGCAAGAGAGGGCAGACUCUCGUCUCCCACCCCCCGGAAAGCGAAGCGCUUCGCGCCGGAGCCUUUUCGAAAAGCGUCAAAUGUGGCGAUAGCGUUCUUUCAUUUGGAAAUAAAUUGUGUUUCGACGCCACACCCACACCUGCGAGUUUGACGGUCGUGUAAAGAGACACCGCAACGAGGCAGAUACAGCUCUCAGGCUUGCCAGCUGGCCAUCCAGCCGGCUAGAGAGGCGGGUCACCAGUUUCCCAGAGAAAUUAUCACCACCUCCUCACGAGGUGACGAUAGCGUGCAUACUCAGCAAAAGUUUCCUGCAGAUCUUCUACCUUCCACAAGAUCGGUUUCCCUCGCUAUUUCCUCAGCAGGAGAGACAUCCGACGAGGGAGAAACGCCACGCUUGACGCGUCGUAUGUGCCGCGGUUGGGCGCACAGUGUGCAGCUCGGAAUCGGGGGAUUUUUUACAACAGUGCCGGAGAGCCCAGCUUUCCACAGUCUGUCCGAAAGCACAUUUUUGGACCCUCGCGGAGGUGACGAAGUCUUUGUGCGAAGCGCGCCUCGAGUCGCCGCCUACCGCGCUCGGGCGUGUGAGGAAGCCGACACCCCUCAACGGCAGUCCGCCCGGGCGGGAAGGGAGAGACGGCGGUUUCCGGAUCUAAGCCGAGUCUUCUUUUCUCCACGCUGUUCUCACGGCAGCUGGGCAACUGCAUUUUUAGCGCAAGCGACUAUCUUUUGAACGAGCGGAUUCGACAGAGUUUAUCGCGACAGAGCAGGCCGGAAUUCUACGCAAAAAGAGUUUUCUCGACGAGUUCUCGAUUUUUCUCGAGUUUUCGCGUCCACGCAUGAGUGUCCACGGCAAAAAGAACAGCUCCGCCGCGCGGGCAGACAGACCCUGUUUCUUUUCCAGUUCGCCAACAAGAGGCGCUUUCGGGGCCUGUCGCGUUGAUCGCGAUUUCUCGGCUCCUUGACGAAUUUCACCGGGUUUUCUCGUCCGUCUUCGCCUGUGCUUCGCUGGACGUCCAACGCUUUCCCGAACAGCGAACUGCCUGGCGAACCGCCACUGCCUCCUCAGGACGACGCGGCGAAACUGGGGUUUCUGCGAAUUCGGGGAUUUCCUCCCUCCCGUCGCAUCCGGUGCCGGUCAAGUCACGUAUCGAGCUUUUGCAGACAGGAGCUUCAGCUGCAUGCAGCCCUUUUGCGCCUUCUGUUGCUUAGCAGAACGUGUUGAAUUCUCGAAUGUCGAAGGCCUCUGUCGCAUCAUCGCGACCUUCUGUCCCCCAGUUUUCCCGCGUGACCGCGUCUCUCUCGGUUUCUGCCGCCCCGCCUGACCUUUUCCUUCACGCCUUCCAGCGUCAGUCAACGCCGGUCUCGCCAUUGUUUUCCUUCUCCCCUUCUCCUUUCCCCCUGUAGCCGAAAGUCAUCUCUGUGCUCUCCCCAGCCUUCUCUCCACCCUUCCCCUCCCCCGCCUUCGCCCUGUGGUGUACGUUCCCUCGAGCGAGCUUCCGCGCUUUGCCGCUCCUGUCGUCGUUCUCUUUCGCCGCAAUGUUGUCGUCUGCGCUUCGCUCCGUGAGGCCCGCCGCCUCGGCUGCCUCUCGCCGUUUCGCCUCCGUCGCGCAUGCACAGACAGCUGCCUCCGAGGCUGAGGCUGCCACCAAGGUGCCGGACUUUCGCACCUUUGCGAUCUACCGGUACAACCCUGAGACAGACAAACGCCCGUACAUGCAAAAGUUCGAGCUCGAUGUCUCCACCUGCGGCCCCAUGAUUUUGGAUGCCCUCAUCGCCAUCAAAGACAGACAAGACCCGAGCCUCGUCUUCCGCCGCAGCUGUCGAGAAGGCAUUUGCGGCUCUUGCGCGAUGAACGUCGACGGAAAGAACUGCCUCGCUUGCCUCACCCCGAUCAAGCGAGGCGACCGGGAAAAUGAAGCGAUGCGCCUCAUGCCAGGUCAAGACAUCAAGCACGACCGCCACGAAGAGGAAGUGGUGAGCAGAGUGACCGAUAAGAUCAACCACGCGUUGUUUCGCGAGGCGAAUCCCCCCGUGGAGAUCUUGCCUCUGCCCCAUAUGAUGGUUUUGCGCGACCUAGUGCCCGACAUGACGAACUUCUACGCACAGUACCGCAGCGUCGAGCCCUGGCUGAAGCGGAAGACCCCCAAGAAGGACCCAAAUGUGGAGAAUCUUCAGUCGAUUGAAGACCGCCGAAAGCUAGACGGAAUGUACGAGUGCAUUCUCUGCGCCUGCUGUUCUACUUCCUGUCCGUCCUACUGGUGGAAUCCGCAAGCCUACCUCGGCCCGGCCGUCCUCAUGCAGGCCUUCAGGUGGAUUGCAGACAGCCGAGACGAGUUCACUGAGGAACGCCUGGCGGCGAUCAACGAUACGAUGAAGCUGUACAGGUGUCACGGCAUCAUGAACUGCACAGUCUCCUGUCCCAAGGGCUUGAACCCUGCAGGAGCCAUCCAAAAAAUGAAGGAUCAAGUGGAAGCGCGGUUCUCGCCGGCCUGGAAGUCUCUGCAGGCACAGCAGGCUUUGGAGAAGUCGCAAAAGCUCGCGAAGGACCUUGGCCUCGCUGCGUAACCUCGGCUCGCCGUACACUCGCAGCAGUCGAUGUGGGGACCUAGGCAUGCCUCCGGGAGGGACGGAACACGCAAACGUGUGUGCAUGUGUAUCGGGUGUUUACAGCAAAAUGCGUUGGUGUAUCCUCGGUGACCAUUUGGCCACGCGCAUGCGUGCGUAUGGAUAGGUAUGUACAUGCAAAUGUCGUUUUAUGAGUUUUGUGCGCGAGUUCGUCGUAUCGCGGUGAGGUAGGCAGACUCGGUUUGGAAGAAGGAAGCAGUGACGGGUCGGGGGUCUUCGUGUGGAUCAGUUCUGCGACUCGUACUUCCGGGUGUGUCUGUGCAUUGCACGAGCUCGUGCAGUUGCGUUAUCGCGAGGAGGUUUUGAAACUUCGGUGUUUGCCGCACCUAAAGGUGUGGCCGUCGACUCCAACUUCAGCAAGUCACUUCAGACGGGCCUGAACUCUUUCUUGAGGAACACGUGAAGUCCACAAGCACCUGUACACA